GUUACAACAUAUUUCCUUGUUGUUCAAAGAGGAAAAAAAAAAAAAGAAACUGUUGCUUCUAAUCAACAAAUAUACAUUCUACUAGUUUAUUUUUAUUCUCAUGCCUAUGCCACGGAGGCGCUCCUUGGAACAACAACUUCCGCCUCAUCCUUCAAGAUCUCGACCUGUCAGUCCAAUAAAUGAAAUAACAACAUCUCAAUUACGUCCACACUUUUAUGGUUUAUCUUCUACUACUAAUCCAUCCUAUUCUUCUACACCUACAAUGAACCGUGCACAAACAUUACCUGAAGUUGGUCGUGAAUCAAGUUUUCAUCCAAGACCUUCUUCACCAAUACAACCUCAACAACAUAAAGAUAAGAAACGUAACUUAUUCGGUCGAUUCAAAAAAAAACACCGAACAGAACUUUCAACGCCUAUAAUAGAUCCUCAUGGAUUACCAACUACAUCUUUACCAAUAGCACCAUCUCCAACAAUGUCAAAACGUAGACAAAAAGAAUUUGAAUCAAGACCUACGCCACAUCCUUUGGAUACUUCUCAAGAUGACAGCCGCUUACCACCAAAGGAUGUAUAUUCUUAUUAUGGAAAUCGACAUUCUCCUGCAACGUCUGACAGAUUACGAAAAAAAGAUGUCGGUACUCCAACAACUCCUUCGCUUCAUAAAUCAAGUGAUGGUUUACUCUCUAUUGAUGGAAAGGAUCUUGAAUUGGAUCAAAAUUUUGAAACGAUGGAAGGCAUUGUUAAUACAGAUAAUUUGGAUAUUUCAAAUAGACAAGGUUCUGGAUCUCAACUAAUCGGUGGUGUAUAUAGUUCUGAAUUAUGGGCUCCUCCUGACAGCUGGGCUGUUGAACCUGCAUAUUCGGCUGAGUCAGUCUCUCAAUUAUUGGCUCCUGUACCUGCUACUGAUGAUGAUCGAUCGGUCUAUGAUGGAGUGACUUUUAGUGAUUCUACUGAUUGGAAUAUCAAACGACGAAACUAUUGUAUUCGUGUUUUCCGAUCUGAUAAUACUUUUGGAACACUACAACUUCCUUUGAAUACAACAACAAAAGAAUUGGUGAAUAGAUUGGCAGGAAAAUUCUUUUUACACGAUCUCAGCAAGUACAGUCUAUUGAUUCGACUUCACAAUCUAGAUCGCGUUUUAUUACCCAAUGAACGACCUUUUCAAAUUCAAAAACAACUACUGGAACAAAUGGGAUAUACUGAAGAAGAUAAUAUCGAAGACGUCGGACGUGAAGAUAAUUCGUAUUUAUUACGCUUCUCAUUUGGAACGAAGGCCAUUCCCAACGUACACGAAAUUGAUUUUAACAACUUCAAGCACUUAGGAUUACAGGGACGCAAUCUGACAACUGUGCCUAUCUUUUUAUACAAUUAUGCAUCGGAAAUUGUGUCUCUCGAUUUGACGAAAAAUUUAUUGAUGGAAAUACCUUUGGACUUUAUGCAAUCUUGUACAGCUCUCAAACAACUUUGGCUUGUUGAUAACGAAUAUACCUCACUUCCAUCAUCUCUUCAUUAUUGUACUCAAUUGGAACAUCUCAACAUUUCUGGAAAUCAACUGAUUGAUCUAACCACUGAUUCCUUGGAAAAUCUACAUCUACUGAAAUCUCUUCGUGCCUUCAACAACAAAUUGGAAUCUUUACCAAGUAGUUUCGCUAGUUUUCAACAUCUCAAUUUGCUCUAUAUCUCCAACAACUGCCUGACCAAAUUUCCUCAAGUUAUCUGUGAUAUCCCUCAAUUGACUUAUCUCGAUAUCAGCUUCAAUAAGAUCACCUCCUUACCAGAAGAAAUUGGAAACCUCAAGAAACUCGUUAGUUUUUUUGCUAUUGCCAACCGUUUGGCAGGUUGUUUGCCAUCAUCUUUUGCCCAAUUGGAAAGUUUGCAAGAAUUGGAUCUUCGACAAAACUUUAUUACCGAUCUUGAUGUUAUUUGUCAACUACCGAAUCUUAGUAUUUUAUUCAUGGAUUACAAUGCCGUCAGUAUUGUCAGCAGUGAAAUAGCUCAUGUACGUCACUUACAAAUGUCGAAAAAUCAUCUCACUCAAUUCAACAUGGGAUUUUGUCAAACACCAGAAGAUGCUCUUUACUCAUUAGCGGAUCGUCAUAUUCAACCCUAUGCUGUACCUAGUGUGCUCACCAAUCUCAAUCUAUCGAAUUGCAAACUAUCUUCCUUCGCUGAUGAUAUCUUUUAUUCAACUUUGACACUGGAACAAUUGACUCUAGAUAACAAUACAUUAACAUCACUCCCCAAAAGUAUUGGCUUGCUCCAAAAACUCAAUCGAUUAUCGGUACAAGACAACAAAUUGAAUGGACUUCCUUCUGAAAUAUCCAAGCUAACAGAACUCAAAGUUCUUCUGGCACAGAAAAACAAUUUGCAAAGUUUACCCAAGGAAAUAUGGCUCUGUUCUUCAUUACAAAUCUUGAAUUGCUCUUCAAACUUGUUGGAAACCUUCCCUGAACCUUUCAAUGAUUCUGGUGUGGCAUUACAUCUACCCUUUGGUAUUGGCACAUCUCUCAACAACAGUACAACAUCAGAUAGAUCCGUACGUGGUCAAGGCAUGGUGCCAGCUCAUAAUCGUGGCAGUUCCCAUCCGGAAUUCUCAAGUCCCAGUUUUGGAUCGAUGACAACGGAUGGUACAGAUCAAGACAAUAAUACAAUAUCUGAUGAUGGUAGCCCCGGAAGACGGCAACGCAUGAAUUCAUCUUCAAUUUCAAGUGGUGGUGGACCUCCAAACUUCAAUCCUCCUUCCUUUUUCGCUAGUCCUCGAAAUCAUCCUCCACCAUUAUCACUCUCAUUACGACAACUGUUUUUGGGUGAUAAUCGAUUAACAGAUGAUGUUUGGUCUCCUUUAUCCCUCUUUUUGGAAUUACGAACUUUGAAUUUGGCUUACAACGAACUAUACGAAAUCCCUCCUGAAGAAUUGUGUCAUCAACAUUUAUAUGAAUUGUAUCUUUCUGGCAAUACUCUUACAUCUUUACCGGCAGAUGAUAUUGAAAAAUUAUCCUAUUUGCGUGUUUUGGCCGUCAACGACAACAAACUUCAAACUUUACCAGCAGAAAUUGGAAAAUUGAGAAAAUUAUUAGUGCUUGAUGUAGGGAAUAAUGUACUCAAAUAUAACAUUGCAAAUUGGCCUUAUGACUGGAAUUGGAAUUGGAAUUUGGGGUUAAAGUAUUUGAACUUAUCUGGAAACAAACGAUUGGAAAUCAAGCAAAUGUAUCCUGAAAGCUACAAUCCAAAGGAAAAGAAUCUAUCAGACUUUAGCGCAUUAACCAAAUUACGGAUGCUGGGCUUAAUGGAUGUUACGAUAUUGGGAGUGACAACACCAGAAGAAUACUAUGAUCGACGGGUACGAACAUCACCAUCCGAAGUUAACAAUAUGCGCUAUGGGAUUGCAGACUGGCUUGGACCUAGUGAUCAUCUAUCGACAUGGGACUUGGUGAUACCACGCUUUAGGAACAAGGAUGAUGAAUGUCUAUUUGCCCUUUUUGAUGGAUGUCGACAUCACAAGGUUGGAUGCCGAUUGACAAAAUAUUUGAACGAUUCACUUACAUAUCAUCUUACAAGCGAACUUGUCAAAACCAAACAAGACGAUACCGUGGUAUCAGCAAUACGACGAACAUUUUUGGGUUUAGAAAAAGGACUUGGUAUUGGCGCCAACAGUGCAGGAAGCUUAAGUAGCAGUAACAACGAUGACAAUGACAAAAACAAGAAUGAAAAUAGCGGUGGAAGUAGCCAUACGGAAAAUGAUACAUCUCAAUUCUCUUCUGGUGCAUCUGCAGCCGUAUGUUAUAUCUCUGGAACCAAGUUAUAUGUGGCAAAUAUAGGGGAUGUGAUUGUUGUACUAUCACGUAACAAUGGUCAAGCGCAUGAAAUCACACAAAAACAUAUUCCGUUAAAUCCAAGUGAAACAUCUCGUAUCCGUGCUGCUGGUGGAUAUGUAUCCAAUUCUGGUCUUUUAAAUGAUGAAUUGCCUGUGUCUCGAAGUUUUGGUUACUUCCAUUUGGUACCUGUGGUCAACGCUAAUCCUUAUAUCUCGGUGAUGGAAUUAACUGAAAAUGACGAAUUCUUGAUUAUGGCUUCUCAAGGUCUCUGGGAUUGUAUGUCUUAUCAAACGGCGGUGGAUGUGGCUCGAACAGAAAAAGGGGAUUUUAUGAUUGCUGCUCAAAAACUACGAGACUUUGCCAUUAGUUACGGUGCUGAUGAAAAUAUCAUGGUCAUGGUUAUUGGAGUUGGCGAUAUGUUUGAUCGACAUGGAAUGAAAUUUAGGAAUUAUCGUGGUAUCCCAAUGGGUGCACCUGGAGCCUCUCCUUUCCUUAAUGGAAGAACAAUUGGUGAUAUUCCUUCAGAUGAAUCUGGUCUAUUGAUGAAGAGCAAGCGUAGGAUGAAAGAAAGUGCUGGUGAUUCGACUUUAGCAAGAUUAGAACGUGAAGUGCCACCACCUAUCAAUCAAGUUGCCUUGGUUUUUACGGAUAUUAAGAACUCCACCUUUUUAUGGGAAACUCAUCAGGAAGAUAUGCGAUCAGCGAUCAAGAUUCAUGAUGGUAUUAUGCGACGAACAUUACGUAGUGUAGGUGGUUAUGAAGUUAAAACUGAAGGUGAUGCUUUUAUGACUUGUUUUCAAAAUAUCACUGGAGCCUUACUUUGGUGUUUUACGGUACAACUACAAUUAUUGGAAGCAGAUUGGCCAGCUGGAAUUUUGGAUACUGAAGAAGGACGAGAAAUUGAAGAUGCAGAAGAUACAGUGAUUUAUCGUGGAUUAUCUGUGCGUAUGGGAAUUCAUUGGGGAACACCUGUGUUUGAACGUAAUCCUAUUACCAAUAGGAUGGAUUAUUUUGGACCUGUGGUGAACAAGGCGGCAAGGAUUUGUAAUGCGGCUGAUGGUGGACAAAUUUGUGUUUCCUCUGAUGUAAUCACAGCUUUACGAAAUAUUCCUGGUGAUCUUGGAUCCUUCUCUGGUAGCAGUAUCAGCAGUAGUGGCGGUAGUGGUGGUGGCGACAAUGAAGAUAUGAUAACAACUCAAGGACGUGGUGUAGGUGGUGGCAUGGGUUAUUUAACUCGUGAUGUACAACAAUUAAAACGACUUGGCUUUCAAGUGAUGGAAUUGGGUGAACGUCGACUGAAAGGAUUAGAAACACCAGAAACCCUUAGUUUUGUGUACCCAAAACAAUUAGCUGGUCGUAUAGAAACAGACAAGAAUCCAAGGAAUUUAGCAUCGACAACUGCAAAUACACCAACAGAAGCUUCAACAGCAACCACACCAACAAUGAUACCAACAUCGCCUAUUUUGGAUGAAGAUACUUCGGUUGUUGGUCCUCUUUCACCACCACUUAGUACUGAUCAACGACAUGAAAGACAGUCAAGUUUCGACUUUCACCAACAUGAUGAACGACGAAGAUUACUUCAGAAGCGACCGUCUUUGUUACCACCACCCUCUUCAUCUACUCAACAUUCUAUGCGCACUAUCGAUCCUCUUUUUGUGUGUGCUCUCAAUGAUUUGGCAAUUCGAUUGGAACGAAUUACAACAGGAUAUGUUGUGGCUACUCAUCCUGAGUUUACUCUACGGCGCCAUGGUACUACGGCAACAGCAUCAGCAAUCACAACCAUUCGAGCUACUACUCGAAUUAAAGAUACAGACGGUUCCUACUUUGAAUUAGAAAAACCUGGAAUUCAUAUGCGACGAGGAUUUACCUUUUUGGAUACUUUGCAACGACAUAUUAUGCAAUGUGCAUCUGAUGAUGAACUGAUGAUAUUGAUGGAAAACUUUGUGACUCGAAUAGAGAACGCUGUCUCUACUUUAUACUUGCAAAAAGUGGGGCAAUUCUCAGUGGUAUUGGAACAAUUAGGUGAUGCUUUGGAAUUGGAUCCAACUCAUGUUUUACGGGCUCUUCAAAUGUAUUCUGAAACCGCAGGAUUUUCUCAACAUCCAUCAUACGAAAAAGUUGUAUAAUAUUAUUUUCACUCCUGUUUUAUUAUUUAUGUAUAUUUCUUCUCUUGCUCCCAUAAUCUCUCUCUAAUACUAUCAUUAUAUUAUUAUUAUUUUUAUUAUUAUUAACUAUUAUCUACUAUCAUCAUUCUUCUCAUAAGCAUCUUUAUUAACAACAUCAUCAUCAUCAUCUUCAUCUUCAUCCUUCUCAUGUUUAGUAUUAUACAUCAAUGCAUUUCUUCCUUUUAUUAUAUAUUUGGCUGUUUGUUUAUAUUGAAUAAAAGCUACAAAAGAUUAUCUUCAUAAUCCAGAGUUUUUGAAUGGAUGAUUUUUAUAAUGAAUACUGCAAUCUAUUUGUCAAAUAGUAUAGUUGGAGUACAGAUGAAUGUGUUUGAG